AUGAAGCGGCCAGCGACAAGAGGCGGGGUCGCCGGGGCAGCGGCGAGCGGGGGACAGGCGAUGCAAAAGCAAGGCCAGCGCACGCAGAAGAAGCCAGCAGCGGCGCAGAACCAGAAGCUUUCCGAGCCGUUGCGUCGCCGCGUGGACUGGAGCCGAGUGACGGCCGCGCAGCUGCUGGAGUGCCGCGAAGACUAUCAGGACGCGAAGGCUUACAAUGCGGGGCAUGGCCACGGCGUGCCAAGUUACAGAGAGUACGCUCGCAGCCACUUCUUGGCCACGCAGCGCGCCCAAGACCUCAAGCCCGAAGCCUUGCGGCAGAACUUAGCUGGGCGCGGCCGGCCGUAA